ACUGGGGCUGCGGCCGCAGCGGGUCCUCGGCUCCGGAGGCGUCGGUCGCGGCCUCGUGAGGUGACCCGGGCGUCAGGGACGGCGGCCCGGACCCGCGGCGCCCAUCCGAGCCGGACGGGCACAGCGUGGCUAGGAGGCAACUCGACAGCCGCCCGGGGAGCCAUCUCGGGCCUAUUUUUCCUCUUUUAUCUCCAGGACCUUCCCUCCGCGCGCCCCGUUUCCCUCUGCAGAGACCGCGACGCCCCCUCCCGGGCCGGGCCGCGCCGCCGUGCUCGCCCGCCUGAAAGGCGCCGCCCGCCGGCCGGAGCGAACCGGGAGCCGCCGCCGCCGUGCCCGCCGCGCUUCUCGCGGAGCCUGGUCGGCCGGUGGGGCCAGGGCCCUGGGCACCGGGCGCGGCGCUGCGGCGGCCGCUCCUCCUCGCGCUGGGCGCUGGGCCCCGGGCCUGGCCGGACCGAGGGCCGCGUCCUCCUGACCCGCCGCGGGAUCCCGACCGGCCCCUCCGGCCCCGCCUGCAGCUUGCACCCGGCUUCCUUUUUCUUUCCUUUUAUUUUUCUCGCCUCUUGACUGGAAGGCCCCUCAUCGUCUGGCCCUCACCCUGCAGGUACCCAGAUCCACCUGCCUCGGGGCCGGGGAUGUCCCGACAGUGACGGCGGCGAGCCGGACCCGCGCGCAGCGAGUGCCCCGGCCCAGGGGGCGAGAGCACGCCCUUCCCCCCCCCCCGCCCCUCCCUCGCCCUCGGAGCUCCGAAGCGGGAGACGACGCCGGGGAAGAUGUGGCUGAAGCUUUUCUUCUUGCUCCUCUAUUUCCUGGUCCUGUUCGUCCUGGCCAGGUUUUUUGAGGCCAUUGUGUGGUAUGAGACUGGCAUCUUUGCCACCCAGCUGGUGGACCCGGUGGCUCUGAGCUUCAAGAAGCUGAAGACCAUUCUGGAGUGCCGGGGUCUGGGUUACUCGGGGCUCCCCGAGAAGAAGGAUGUCCGGGAGCUGGUGGAAAAGUCAGGUGACUUGAUGGAAGGUGAGCUCUAUUCUGCACUCAAGGAAGAAGAAGCAUCUGAAUCUGUCUCCAGUACCAAUUUCAGUGGUGAAAUGCACUUCUAUGAGCUUGUAGAAGACACAAAAGAUGGCAUCUGGCUGGUUCAGGUUAUAGCAAAUGACAGAAGUCCCUUAGUGGGUAAAAUCCACUGGGAGAAAAUGGUGAAAAAGGUGUCAAGAUUUGGAAUACGGACAGGCACUUUCAACUGUUCUAGUGACCCCAGAUACUGCAAGAGAAGAGGUUGGGUGCGAUCCACACUCAUUAUGUCUGUUCCACAAACAAGUACUUCUAAAGGGAAAGUCAUGCUUAAAGAAUACAGUGGACGCAAGAUUGAAGUAGAACACAUUUUUAAGUGGAUAACUACUCAUGCAGCUUCUCGGAUCAAAACCAUUUAUAAUGCUGAACAUUUAAAAGAAGAAUGGAAUAAAAGUGAUCAAUAUUGGGUAAAAAUAUACCUGUUUGCAAACCUUGACCAACCCCCAGCUUUCUUCUCUGCACUAAGUAUAAAGUUUACUGGAAGAGUUGAGUUUAUUUUUGUUAAUGUGGAAAAUUGGAACAACAGGAGUUAUAUGACAGAUAUUGGUAUAUAUAAUAUGCCAUCAUACAUACUUAGAACUCCUGAAGGAAUUUACAGAUAUGGAAAUCACACAGGUGAAUUUAUAUCCCUUCAGGCCAUGGAUUCAUUUUUGCGCUCAUUACAACCUGAAGUAAACGAUCUGUUUGUUUUGAGCUUGGUUCUAGUUAACCUUAUGGCUUGGAUGGACUUAUUUAUCACACAAGGAGCUACCAUAAAGAGAUUUGUGGUUCUCAUAAGCACUUUAGGAACAUAUAAUUCUCUAUUAAUUAUUUCCUGGCUACCAGUGUUGGGCUUUUUACAGCUCCCUUACUUAGAUAGCUUUUAUGAAUAUAGCUUAAAAUUGUUGAGAUAUUCUAAUACAACCACACUGGCUUCAUGGGUAAGGGCGGACUGGAUGUUUUAUUCUUCACACCCAGCCCUGUUUCUCAGUACAUACCUUGGACAUGGUUUACUAAUUGAUUACUUUGAGAAGAAGAGACGACGCAACAACAAUGAUGACAUCAAUGCCAAUAACUUAGAGUGGUUAUCAAGUCUAUGGGACUGGUACACCAGCUACCUCUUCCACCCGAUUGCUUCUUUUCAGAACUUCCCUGUGGAAUCUGAUUGGGAUGAAGACCCUGACUUAUACUUGGAGCGAUUAGCUUUCCCUGACCUUUGGCUUCACCCUUUGAUACCAACUGAUUAUAUAAAAAACUUACCAAUGUGGCAAUUUAAGUGUCUGGGAAUCCUGUCCGAAGAGGAACUGUCGGAGAGUUCUCACGAUAUUGAAAAUGACUCAGAUGUCGAGAGCAUAGACACUUUUAACAGUGAGAAGGAAGUAUUUGAAGAUAAACAAAGCAUAAUUCACAAUUCUCUCGGAAGAGUAAGUCACUGUGGUGCUGAGGCUUGUUCAUGUGCCAAUAAUUAUUGUCAGACCAGCCUACAUGAAAGGAAAGGGAGGUCAUAUGGAUCGUAUAACACUAAUGAAGAUAUGGAACCUGAUUGGUUAACUUGGCCUGCUGAUAUGCUGCACUGUACUGAAUGUGUUGUUUGUCUAGAGAAUUUUGAAAAUGGAUGUUUGCUAAUGGGAUUGCCUUGUGGUCAUGUAUUUCAUCAGAAUUGCAUUGCGAUGUGGUUGGCUGGGGGCCGACACUGUUGCCCUGUUUGCCGGUGGCCUUCUUAUAAAAAAAAGCAGCCAUAUGCACAACAUCAGCCCCUGUCAAAUGAUGUCCCAUCUUAACCAUGUGCAAUUUGUCCUUUAUAAGCUUUGAGUAUCUUCAGCUUGCCUUUUUAAUGUUAGUCACAAUGUUUUUGUGGUUUGAAGUUUAGUUUAAUGUUAGUGCAGUGACAGGAAAUACACAUUAUACUAAUGUUGAUGACAAUUAUUUGGUUGCCUGUGUGUCAAUUGAAUGCAUACUUAAUUGUAAAGAUUUUUAUUUACAACAUUGGCAAUUGAGAAGUUAAUGUUUUUUGUAAGCACAAAAGUAUGAUAGAAAUUUAUCCUAGCAAGACUUUAUAAAGUAGGAUCAAAACCUAAUGAAAUUGAGGCAGUUUCUUAUCCUAAAUGUUUCCGCCCUUUUUACAAUAUCUGUCCAGCAUCUCUUGGUUAAAUAAUGUAUGCUCUGAGACAUGAAAUUAAAACAGAUCUAUGAAAUAAAUUAUUUUAAAACCAAAAGAUUAUAGCUUUUCCAAUGUUAAAUUGUUUUUUAUAAGGUGUCUGAAUUUUAUAGGCAUUUUAUUGAUUUGUUAGUUUCACAGAUAAGGCAAAUAUGAUUCUUGACUCAUGGGGAAAAUAAAGGCAGAAAUUAUGUGCUAACACUGGCCAGAGGUGAUGUUAGUCAGUCUUUUAGGUUGAUUAGCUUUAAUGAGAAGGAAUUUUAUGGUGGGCUUUUUUUUAUAAGUUUUAAAUCAUUUAUUAGUAUUUACCAAAUCUAAGUAAAAUCAACUAUAGUAAUUAGCCUCACAUAGAUUACUUUAUGUCUUUUUCCUGCUUUUACUUUGAAAAAUUUCAAAACUACAGAGACAUUGGGAAACACAGUAAAAUAAGCAUUCAUUUCUCUAAUUCACCAAGCAUUUACAUUCUGUUACAUUUGCUUUCUGUCCUCUCUGUAUAUAUUUAUCUUUUUAUUUCUUUGGUUGUUUUUUCUGAUCCCUUUGAAAAUAAAUUUCAGUCUUCAUGGUG